GGGGCCCCGCGUCCCCUCCGGGCCCGGCGCCACCAGCCCCCAGGGCUCCGAGUUGAGGCGCUUCAGCGGCCGCCCGCGGGAGCGCGGGGGCUCCGCGCUGGCGGUGGCCGGGGCCGGCGGCGGCGGCGGCGGGAAGCAGAAGACAUCCCUCUCCUCCUCCUUCUCGCUGCCCGCCGGGGACGCGGCCGUGCGCAGCUCGAUGUCGGACGGUGACAUGCACAGCGCCGGGGAGCGCUUCUCCUCCAGCCCCGGCGACGGCGGCGAGUUGAGCGCGGCCCUUUAGUAACGUCGCGGAGCUAUAGCGGCCUCGGACACACGUGGAGCGGCUGCGCAUGCGCGGGCGCCCCCCGCGCCCCCCCAGCCAUGGCGGGCCGGGGCCGGGGCCGGGGCCGGGGGCAGAUGACGUUCAACGUGGAGGCCGUUGGCAUCGGGAAGGGGGAGGCGCUGCCCCCCCCCACGCUCCAGCCCUCCCCGCUCUUCCCGCCCCUGGAGCACCGCGCGGCCCCAUUGCCGGGGGGCGAGGAGGGCGAGUACAUGCUGGCGCUCAAGCAGGAGCUGAGGGGGGCCAUGAAGAACCUCCCCUACUUCGUCAAGCCCGGGGCUCCCCGGAGAGACAUCGAGCGCUACUCGGACAAGUACCAGAUCUCCAGCCCCGUUGACAGCGCCAUUGACUGGAACCCAGACUGGAGGCGGCUGCCGCGGGAGCUGAAGAUCCGGGUGCGACGGCUGCGGAAGAGCCGAACCACCAUCCUCAUUCCCAAGUGCAAGCAGCGGGUGGCGCUCGACAAGGAGGAGACCAUUAAGAAGCUGGAGAGUCUAGAGAAGAAGGAGGAGGAGGUGACAUCGGAGGAGGAAGAGGAGAAGGAAGAGGAGGAGGAAGGGAAGGAAGAGGAGGAAGAGGAGUACGAUGAGGAGGAGCAUGAAGAGGAGACCGACUACAUCAUGUCCUACUUUGAUAACGGGGAGGACUUUGGUGCUGACAGCGAUGACAACAUGGACGAGGCCGUCUACUGACCCCCCCCAGGACAUUGGGGUCCCCUGUCACCCCCCCCCCAGGACAUUGGGGUCCCCUGUCACCCCCUCACAGGACAUUGGGGUCUCCUGUCACCCCCCCUCACCACCGCCUCCAGCCGCCAGGGGGCACUCGUGCUCCAGGGAUGGAGGUGGGGCGUCACAGCCGCGUGGUGGCAGCUCAUGGCGGGGGAGGACGGGACACGGGGCCUCCCCAUUUUGGGGGGGGAGGGUCCCGAACCCCUGCAGCCCCCCCGGCCUUGUCCCCAAGCUGGUGACGGGUGGGAUUGUCCCCUUUGGAAGUGGUUUUAGAGAUGAGGGGGGUCCCCCCAACCUCCCCCCCCCCGUAUCCCCCCCUCCUUUUGAAGCAGCUUUUUAAUAUUUGUGAUUUUUUUAAACUCAUUUUGGGUGGAUUAAAGUGAAUUUCUCUA